AUGGUGUUCCAUCCGCCGGCAUGGGUGCCUCAGCUCCCAAUUGACCCUCCCGACUCCGUCACCAUCGAGCAGUUUAUGACCUCGGAGAAAUUCGGCCGCUCUCCCCUCGUCGAAAGCCGAAACCCCUUCACUUGCGGCCUGACCGGCAAGACACGCAGCUGGGUCGACCUGGUCCGACGCGCCGACUUCCUCGCCCGCGCCCUCGGCAAGCGUCUUGGCUGGCAGCCCAAUCAAGGCACCCCCUGGGAUAAAGUCGUGGCCGUCUUCUCGCUCAACUCCAUCGACUAUAUCCCCGCACUGUAUGCCAUCCAUCGCUUCUCCGGCAUCGCCACCCCGGCCAAUGCCGCAUACUCUGCCGCUGAGCUCCAGCACCAACUGGUCUCUUCUGGCACCCAAGCUGUCUUCACCUGCCUGCCGCUUUUGGAGACUGCCCUCACUGCCACCCGUGCCAUCGGCAUCCCCGACGAAAACGUCUUCUUGCUCGACUUCCCGGCCCUGACCCCGGACGCCCAGCAAGCAGCCGCGGACGUUGGAAAAGUCCACUCCACCGUCGACCAGCUCAUCGAUGAAGGUUCUGCUCUGCCCCGCCUCGAACCCCUGCGCUGGACAGAAGGCCAGGGCGCCCGCCAGCCCGCCUUUCUCUGCUACUCGAGCGGCACGUCAGGACUGCCGAAAGCCGUCAUGAUAUCGCAUCGAAAUGUCAUCGCCAAUGUCCUGCAGAUCGCCUCCUCUGAGUCCGUCGGCCGCGAGAAAAAAGGUAUCCGAACACAGGUCGUGAUCGGCCUCCUGCCGUUCAGCCACAUCUAUGGCCUUGUCGUCGUUGCCCACAGCACCACCUUUCGUGGGGACGAAGUCAUCGUGCUUCCCAAGUUCGAGCUCGAGUCCUUCCUGGCCACAAUCCAGCGAUUUCGCGUCGAGAUGCUUCACAUCGUGCCCCCCAUCCUUGUCCGGCUGAUGCAGACACAAGACAUAUGUUCCAAGUAUGAUUUGAGCAGCAUCCGCUUCUUCUAUUGCGGCGCUGCACCGAUAGGGGAGGAAACCAUCGACGAACUUAAGAGAUUCUACCCCCAUUGGGUCAUUGGUCAAGGAUAUGGCAUGACAGAGACGUCCACCGUGGUUUGCUCGACAAGCGAGCACGACAUCUUCACCCGCUCGUCUGGAUCGCUUGUCCAGGGUGCCAAAGCCAAGAUUAUCGACUUCGAUGGCAAGGAGGUCUCGUCAUACGACACCCCCGGCGAGCUGUAUGUCCAGUCUCCGUCCGUGGUGCUGGGAUACCUCAACAACGAGAAGGCAUCGGCCGAAACGUUUGUGAACCAUGACGACGGCCGCUGGAUCCGUACCGGCGACGAGGUCAUCGUCACAAAGGCACCUUCGGGAAAUGAGCACAUCAUCAUCGUUGAUCGCAUCAAGGAGCUGAUCAAGGUCAAGGGCCAUCAGGUCGCUCCCGCCGAGCUGGAAGCGCAUCUGUUGACCCACCCCGCUGUAGCUGACGCCGCCGUCAUCCAAAUCCCUGAUGAUAAUGCUGGCGAAGUGCCCAAGGCCUUUGUCGUCAAGGCCGAUGGCUAUGCUUCAAAAUCGGAUGAAGAGCUUGCUCGGUCCAUCGCUCGUCAUGUGGAGGAACACAAGGCUUCAUACAAGUGGCUCAAGGGUGGCGUGGAGUUUAUCGAUGAAAUUCCCAAGACUCCAAGUGGCAAGAUCCUGCGCCGGCUUCUGCGUGAUCAGGAAAAGGCGAAGCGGAAGAAGGCAGGAUCCAAGCUUUAG